GUUACAUUUGAAUUUGUUAAAAACUGACAAAUUAUUUGUCAUAAAAAUUUUUCUUCAAAAUUGUAAAAACUCUAAAAAAAAGUAUCUUAUUUAAUGAACGAUAAACAUUUAGUUGUGCUUAAAAUACUACUAUUGAAAACAAUUUAACAGUCUUAAACAGACUUAAAAGAAAAAAAUAACAGUUCAAUUAAUAGUGCAUAUAUAUCGUUAUCCUCGUGUAUUGUGUACAUACAACAAGACGGAAACUAAAGUGUUGGUCCGGUAACCGGUCGAUCGUCAUACUUUCCCGUUCCUUUUCCGUUUUCCUGUUUGCCUCUUAUAGAUACUUAUUGUUGUUCAUUUCUUAUCAUAAAAAACAGUUAUACCUACGGCGAAGUAUGAAAUUUAUUAAAAUUCAAAAUGAAAAAUUGAACUUUGCUUAUCAUUUGUGAUCAUAAACAUAAGAGGAUGUAAUACACUCAAAAGUAAAAAUUUUAUCAAAAAUAAAAAAAACACAUAAUAUGAUUGACAUAAAACCGUCUCCCGAUUAUCUUAAUCGGACAUCGACCGGAAGUUUUAGUAAUUUUUCAAUGCUAUUUGCUGAUUCAUCAUCUUAUAAAAAUUCUUGGAGUGGGCACCAAACAUCUCAAAGCCAAGGAUAUAGUACAAAUACUUUAACCAGCGUCGGUGUAGGAAAAUCAUCACUUGAUCCACAUUCACAUUUUAGACAGCCAGAUCCAUACCAAAUGUUUGGUCCGACUAGUAGUCGUUUGGCUAGCUCAGGAUCUGGACAAAUACAGCUUUGGCAAUUUCUUUUGGAAUUGUUAAGCGAUUCGGGCAAUGCUGCAUGUAUUACAUGGGAAGGCACAAAUGGUGAAUUUAAACUGACAGAUCCUGAUGAAGUUGCUCGUCGAUGGGGAGAACGCAAAUCUAAGCCAAAUAUGAACUAUGACAAGUUGAGUAGAGCAUUGAGGUACUAUUACGACAAAAACAUCAUGACAAAGGUUCACGGAAAACGUUAUGCGUAUAAAUUUGACUUUCAAGGUUUGGCAGCAGCAACUCAGCCAGCAGCUUCUGAUCCAGCGUACAAGUAUCAGAGUGAUCUCUUUAUGUCACCUUAUCAUCAUAGUGCUAAGUUAAGCUCCUAUUUGAGUCCACAUCACACUAUGGGAUCCUCAUCAGCAUCAAUAUUUCCAUCAGCCGCAACAUGGAGUAACUGGGGCAGCCCUACUACAAAUCUCUAUCCAUCUCAUAGCAUGAGCCACGUCACAUCUUCACAUGUUACGCCACAUUCUUAUUCAUAUAUGUGACCCGGUGGUGUGCCCGGUGGACACUCGUCAGUCACUCCGACAUGUCAAAUCGAUAACUUCGAGAUUUAUAAAAAAUUGUCGCCCUACGAAUAGUCACAUGACAGUUUCUGAAAAACAAAGAAUAAUUGAAAUGACUUAUCGAAUUACUUAAUAAGAAUAUUUCAACACUUCAUGUUCAUUCAAACUACACCAUCUACGGGAUCUAAUCUACGGAUCUAAAUGACUUUUUUAAAAAUAAACAUUGUUAAAUUAUAUAAGUAAAAAAUAUGCAUGUACAUAUAUUUUAGUUUUAAGAAUGAUGUUCAAAUGUUUCUUUUAACAAAUGAAGGGCUGAAAGGAUAAAUCUCACAUACGCACUUUUUGAUAAACUGAGAAAAAGCGAUUUAUAAUUUUAAAAUUUGGCUGUAAAAUUUGGUUUUCAAAUAAUUUCUUGAUGUUUGAGCUUAUAUUUACUAAUUAGUGGUCAAUAAAAACGAUUUUCAUGCUCAAAAAUUUCCUACCUCAACAAUAAGGAGACGUUUUGGGUAAUUUUUUAUCGAAGGUCUUCUAAUUUCAAUGUUUUCUUGAAAUAUUUUGUUCAAAAUGACUUUCUAUGCUUAAAAAAGUAUAAAGAGCACAAAAAAUAGAAAAAAAAAUGUUUUGGGGCAAUUUGAAAAUUUGGCUUUUAGUCCGUUUGUAUGGCUAUAUGCGAUUUAUCCUUUCACUAAGCAUAUGUGCGAUCUGGCAUAUUGCAAUAAAACACACAAUUUUGAAAAAAUUUUGAAAUUUUCUUAAUGUAGGUACUCGUUUUUCAGCAUAAUUUCUCAUUCUUAACUCAAUUUUGCCAAAAAAUGCGUAUGUGCGAUUUAUCCUUUCAGCCCUUCAAAUAAGGCCGUUCAAAAUUUUUUUCGAUGUU